UCAUAGGUAGGUAGAGGUAUAGAUAAUUUCGUGUAACUCGUAGAAGUUUCUUUGCAAUAGAAAUGAAAAUGGAACUAAAUAUUUAAAUUACCAAGGGCGUAAUGUUUAACAAUUUUGACGAAUUGUUAAAUAACGAGUUGCCCAAUUCGCCCUUAGAGUUAACCACUCAAAACGUAGGCGUUUCGAAAGAAAUUUCGAAAAUGGUGAUCGAAAAUGAACCAGCCAAAUACACAUACCCUGUGCAAAUGAUAAGUCCCUUCCAAAGAGAAUACUGGACGGUGUCAACCGAUCAUUGUUACGCGCGGCCGUGGAACUGGAAACCGGAGUCCACAUUCUUGAAGCCGGCAAAGACAUUGUUUAUGCUUAAAAACCUCAGUACUAAGCCACUAUUCAGUACUCUAGGCUCGCCAAGCAAUGGUGAGGAAGAAAUUGAUAUUGAGACGGUAACCGCUACUUUGACACCCGUAUAUGAUGUGGAAAAGGCUAAAGGGUUAAUGGAAGAGUGUGAAAAACACGCCAAUUUGACCAGGUGCGAUAGCGACGAAAAUUGGGAGGAUAAAAUAUCAAAGAUCAAUUGGCUACCGUCGCAGCACAGGCUCUACAACGGUUUUGUGAAUAUCUUAAACAGUUAUUAUUUGGCCAAAAUGGCUCAAACUGGUAUACCUAACGAGCCAAUUUUGAGGAGAACAGUCAUUGACAAAGCAGUGCAAAGGGUCAGGCGGCUUUUUACUACAGUCCUUUUGGACGUUAAGCUUCUCCAGUGGCUUCAUCAAUUGAUGAUUGACAAUCUAGACCAGCCCUUUCUAGCCUUGUAUUUGGAUAUUUUGCAGACGUUGAAAUCGAAAAUUCCGAGCUUUGUGGAUAAAAUGAUGUGCGGAGCGAAUGCGAGCGUCAGAAUGGGACCGCUGAGUAAUGAAAACCUCUUCCCGCUGCUGAAAAAGCCCUGGGACCCGGUCACCUCCAGCCUCAUGCAGGACAAACCGAAAAAGCUGCCCGGGAACCCGAUUAUCAUACUGGUUCCAUCGUCGCCAGUCAUGUCAAAACGAACCCACAAAUGGAUGACUUUGCUGUCCCAUUUGGGACACGUUGUCACCGUUCCUACGAAUUUCGGUUCAUCGGGUCACAGGUUGACCAUGACUACCUGCUUGGACCAGAUGUUUGCACUGACGAGGGGCAGAGUGCAGGAAACGCGGGAGAACCACAUCGGUAAACAGAUAAUUCUGGUGGGGGUGGGGGCGGGGGCGGCGCUCGCGAUCCAAGUCGCCCAGGUCGAGAAUGUCCUGUGUGUGGUAAGCCUCGGCUUCUCUCUGUUCACCGCGGAAGGUAGGCGGGGCGAACCCGACGACAAUCUGCUCGAGCUCCAGUGUCCCGUACUGUUUGUCAUCGGACAGUGCUCGAGUACAUCUGUUCAGGAGGACGUUGAAGAUUUGCGGGAGCGCAUGCGCGUCGAGACGGCUCUGAUCGUGGUCGGGUCCGCCGACAACAACCUCAUCGUCAACAAGAAGAAGAAAAAAGAGGAGGGCAUCACGCAGAGCAUAGUAGACAGAUGUAUCGUCGAUGAAGUGGGCGAGUUCAUAAGCGGUUUAAUACUGUCCCCGUUCCCGCCUCAGAUUAGGCAAUCGCCUACGACCGUCGCCUUAGAGGCGGCGUCGAAGAAAACGAGGAACGAGAGAAAGAGAUACAAUUCAAACGCCAGCUCGGCAGACAGCCAGCCGCCGUCGCCGAAAGUGUCACGUCCAGUCGGUCGUCCGAGCGGAUCCAAAAACAAGUCCAAGCUGGAAGCGAAAUGGGCCGCCCACAUGGCGCAAGGUAGCCCCGCCGCGACCUCCAACGGCACCCACGCGCCCCGUCCCACCCCUCCCGCCACCCCGCCGCCGACGCCGCUCCUCGACGCCUGCCCCCACCUUCCCGAUACCUCGCCGGCGUCGGAAAUUCCCUCCUCCUCGCAGGUGUCGUCGCCCAAAGGUCUGCCGCCGCCGUCGCUCGUCAAAAAGGUGAAAACGCUCAAGCCCGGCGGCGUAGGUGGGGGCAGGGUCGUCAAGAUGGCGCAGGUCGAUCAAGCUCGACUGCAGGCCUACAGCUUGACGAAGAACGUGGCGCCGGGCGGUCAGCUCUCGACUCUGCUACAAGGCGGCAUCAAAACCAUCCCCCCGAAACAGGCGUCUCCCAUUAGGGUGCUUGAAAACGUGCAGCUGUCGAGCCAGGCGACGGCGAAACUGAUGGGUAGCGGGGUCGGGCGUCCGAUAGACAUCACUAAGCUGACGCUGGCCAGCUCGUCCGGCGGCAGCGUCGUGUUGCUGCCCGACGGCAAAAUGAAAACGAUCCAUGCCAGGGUGCCGCAGGCGUCGCAGAAGGGCAAAGCCGGCACGCCGAUCGUGCUGCCGCCCAUCGGCGCGGGAAUGAAACGCAGGUACGUCAGCGCAAAGAGGCCGUCGACCAUCAAACGGCAUACGUACGUGCCGGUCACCGCCCCCACCGUGCAGACGGCGUUGCCGCCUCCGACCAAUCUCACCUCGCAAGACAUUAUGGAUCUGCCCAUCAUAUUCGCCGACGAUGCUCAGAUUCUCGACGCGACUCUGCCCAAGGAUUUGUCCACCACGGGCAGUGUACAGCAACAGCCUCGCAAAAGUACCUUGGCCACACCGACCAGCAAGUUUGUGAUCGUCAACAAGCCAUCCUCAGCGAUGACCAACUAUGUAGUGAAUUCUCCUGGAGUGAAAAGGCCCACGCCACAGGUCAGCCAACUACCAACCAAGUUUACCAAGAUUAUCUUGUCGAAGAAGGCGCAAGGGGACAGUGUGCAGCUGAACCCCAUUCGAAUUCCCAUCCACGCGCCCCAACAGGACAUAGAAAACGAGCUCGUAGCCACCGCUGUGCCCAAACCGAACUACACAUUCUCGGAGGUCAAGGGCGUCACGUCGUACGAGGAGAAGACGGAAGAUUUCGCUGCCGACGAUGACGACCCCGACUACGUGCCGCCCAAGAAUUUGAAGAUUACCUGAUUUGCCCCCUUCACUUUCCCUUAUUUAAUUUGCUUCACCAAAAAUGUUAGUUUCUGUAUUAAGAGUUUGUUAAUAAAAUGUUUCGUAUAAUCGUGUCUUAUUCCUUUUAUAGCUCAGUUUUCGUGGAACAUUGACUUUAAA